AUGGUGGCCUCCUGCUUUCUCAGCAGGGGUUUGACUGCCCUAGCAGGGUUGUUGCUUUUCUCCUUCGGCAGCUUGGCCGCUAGUCAGAUCGAGGAUCAAGCAGAACAGUUCUUUAGAAGUGGCCAUACAAACAACUGGGCUGUUUUGGUAUGUACAUCCCGGUUCUGGUUUAAUUAUCGACAUGUUGCAAAUACUCUCUCUGUUUACAGAAGUGUCAAGAGGCUAGGUAUUCCUGACAGUCACAUUGUUCUGAUGCUUGCAGACGAUAUGGCAUGCAACCCUAGAAAUCCCAAACCAGCUACAGUGUUUAGUCACAAGAAUAUGGAACUAAAUGUGUAUGGAGAUGAUGUGGAAGUGGAUUAUAGAAGUUAUGAGGUAACUGUGGAGAAUUUUUUACGGGUAUUAACUGGCAGAAUCCCACCUAGUACUCCUCGGUCAAAACGUCUUCUUUCUGAUGAUAGGAGCAAUAUUCUUAUUUAUAUGACAGGACAUGGUGGAAAUGGUUUCUUGAAAUUUCAAGAUUCUGAAGAAAUUACCAACAUAGAACUUGCAGAUGCUUUUGAGCAAAUGUGGCAAAAAAGACGCUACAACGAGUUACUGUUUAUUAUUGAUACUUGUCAAGGAGCAUCCAUGUAUGAACGAUUCUAUUCUCCUAACAUAAUGGCUUUAGCUAGUAGCCAAGUGGGAGAAGAUUCACUCUCGCAUCAACCUGAUCCUGCAAUUGGAGUCCACCUUAUGGAUAGAUACACAUUUUAUGUCUUGGAAUUUUUGGAAGAAAUUAAUCCAACUAGCCAAACGAAUAUGAAUGACCUUUUUCAGGUAUGUCCUAGAAGUCUCUGUGUGUCUACCCCUGGACAUCGCACUGACCUUUUUCAGAGGGAUCCUAAAAAUGUCUUGAUAACUGAUUUUUUUGGAAGUGUACGGAAAGUGGAAAUUACAACAGAGACUAUAAGUUUGCAACCAGAUUUAGAAAUCAUGGAAAGCAGAUAUGAGAAGGACUGGAUGAAUGAGGAACUAAUGGAACCACUGAAAUAUGCUGAACAACUUCCUGUAGCUCAGAUAAUACACCAGAAACCAAAGCUGAAAGAUUGGCAUCCUCCUGGGGGUUUUAUUCUGGGAUUGUGGGCACUCAUUAUAAUGGUUUUCUUCAAAACCUAUGGAAUCAAGCAUAUGAAGUUCAUUUUCUAGAUGUGUGAAGAAGACGGCAUAGAAGACUGCAACCUGGGGACGCCUGGGUGGCUCAGUUGGUUAAGCAGCUGCCUUCGGCUCA